GCUGAAAAGCUGGUUGCCGAUCCAGCAGGGGCUGGUCGACGUCAGGUUGUUGGACUUGGAACUGAAGUUUCGCGACUCGGCGGAAAAAACAUUGAAUUUCUCGAUGACCACCGUGCCUGGCAGCGGUCGGGGUGCUGAAUCGAGCUGCCAAGCGUAGCAAACUCGUUUCGGACACAGUUGGACGAAGGGUCGGACGGCGUGUCUGCGAGUUGUGCGGCUGCGGCGGUCAAUAUGGCUUCGUCUCUAGAAGGAAGGUUGAACGACGACUUGUUCAACGAGGACGUCGUCUACCGGUACAACAAGAAGGGCAACAUCCAGUACGGCCUGGUCCUGGAGAACUCGGAGCUCUACAGCAGCGACGACAACUCGGACAGCGAGAAUUUCGGCCGUCUCAAGAGCGGACACAUUCGAAUUGCGUGGCACCCCAAGGGCUCCGAGGAGGUCAUCCCCCAGAAAAAGGUUGGUCUGGCCGACAGGUCGUUGAUGCCCGGUGACGUCGUCCGGCAAAUGAUCAAGGGCAAGGACACCCAGAGGGGCUACUGCAGGUUCAUCGACAUGAGCGCCAAUGUGCAGGUCAUCGGCACAAACCAGGUCAUCGGCACAAACCUGGUCAUUGCCAACAUCAAAAGCGCCAAACUCGUACCUCUAGAGGAAUUUUCUCCCGACAUUGUGGUGUGCCUAGACUCGUGGGUCGGAGGAAUUCGACAGGUCAACACAAGUCUGGAACUGAAAUUGAACGACGGUUGCACAUGUAUCGUCAGUGAUUUGGAAAACUUCACUUUUGAGGAUGCAGAUGAAAAGAACAAAAGGGAUGGGGAAUUCAAUCAUGCUGAUUAUUACCCAGGCCAGGUACUGAAUGGGCCUCUGAUGUCUUUGGCAAAAGCAAAUUGGCUGCACACAACCAAAGAGCUGAGAGCAUCCCUGCAAAACCCAAAAGUUGGUAAAAUGGUGAAUGUCGUUGUUGAAAAUGUGCAGGUGGACUCGGUGAAUGUCCACUGGCAGUGCAAAGCCUACUCGAAAGACAGCAUCAGCGGAGACAAAGAGCAGCCAAAGCACAUUGUGUCUGGAGAUGAUUUGAAGAGAUUGAAGAUGAUCAACGUGUUUGAGCCUUGCUCGCUGCAAAUUGGCGACCGCAAUUACUACACCGUUGAGCAAAACGACCUGAUCAUCCCAAAGGAGUGCUGGCGUCGAAUGCAGAAGGAAAGGUUUCCACUUCUUCCAGGAGCAAAAAACAAGAAGCUGCUCGGCCCGAAAAAGGUGCCCAGCAAAGAAGAGGACGAAGGGACGGUGAGCAGUGCCAGCUUGUCUCCUCUGCACUUGGCUCCUCCUGGGGCUCCUGCCUCUGGUUCGACCAGCCCUUCCCCAACUCAUCUCGCGCCUCCCUCUCCAUUGCCUCUGCGGAAGUCGGACACUGACGAUUGGGACACCGAGGACACUGGCAGCUUCUCAGACACAGCGUCACUCAGCAGUACCUGCAGCAACACUUCUCAAGGUAAAAAGAAGAAAGGCCCUGCAUUGAUGACGAAAGUGUUGAAAACAAAGAAGCUGCGGCGUGCCAGGAAACGGACUGAAAAACCAUUCAACAUGAAGCCUGGGGACAGGGUCGUGGUUGAAACACUGUCCACGUCUUCAGUGGCUGACGUUGUUUGGCAGGACGGGGUGAUCGAGAAGCAGAUUCCCUCGACCAUGCUCUACCCAAUUCACCACUUGGACGACAAAGAAUUCUUUCCCGGUGACUUUGUCGUCGAAAACAAAGAAGAUGCCUUAAUUCAAGUGUACGGAGUGGUCCAGAGUGUUGACCACGCUGGACGAACUUCCCGAGUUAAGUGGUUCAAAACGUACACUUCCCUGGAUGACCCAAAGCCUACUGCUUUGGAUGAGAAGGAGGUCAGUGUGUAUGACCUGAAGGACCACCCUGACUUUCAAUACCGCCCUGGAACUGUUGUGAUCAGGGUUGCUAACUUUGAAGGUGAAGAUGCUGCUUGCACUGCUGGACAAGUGCUUGAUAAUUAUCCGGAAGGAAGGGUGCAGGUUUGGUGGGUGGAUAAUCACGUUUCCAUGUGCUGGCCACAGGACUUAUACAGGGUUGGGGAGUACGACAGUGACGAGGGAGAGCUGUGGGACACCCCAGCCAGUGAUGCUUCGUGGGAGACUGAAUCUGAAGACUGUUACAUUGCUGAUGUUGGUUGUCCUGAUGACGACCUGGAUGAAAUUGCUCUUAAACCUAAGUUGGGUGCUAACAUUGAAAAGGCGAGAAUCGCCAUGUCAAGACUUGAGGAAAUUUUCACUCAGAAUCCAGCCUUGCAGACUACUGGAGUGAUGAGGCAGCUCUUGGACGUAUACAAAGACUGCCGGUAUUUGGACAAGUUGAUGGGAACUACUUUUUUCCACGAGAGCCACUUCCAAGGUUUGUUGGAAAGAGUGCGUGAAAGGGGCCGCAGCAAUGUGGCGCAAAGAGUGGCCGACCAGGUGAGCCGCCUGUUCCGAUCAGGAGAGAGCGACGACCAGACAACAUCCUCAACUGACAGCACUCGCACCAUGGAGGACUCUGGCUGCAUCAGCAACAACAAGGACAGCAGCAGCAGUCCCAGCGACUCUCUCACCUCGGCUGAAUUUCUCCUCUGCGAAAAUCUUGCAAAUCUGGAGCGGCAGAUGACGGCCGCAGCCAGCAACGCACCACAGUCGCCUUUGACAAACAAGUCUUACGCCGACGCAGCCAAACAGGACAAUGCGUCUUCCGCCUCCGAGGACAUGCGGACUCCGAAUGUGUGCGUCAAACUGUGCUCGUUGAUCAAGGGCCAGCUGCUGAAUGCCCUGCAGGAAGUGACCACCAGGUUCGGAGGACAAAUCACCCUGAGCCAGGCUCGGCAGGAGGCCAACAUGCCCGACUCUCCUGAUUUGCCUCCGAAACUUGAGGAGACUGAGAAAAAGGAAGAACCUGUGGAAGAGGAAACUGGAAAGGACGCAGCACCCCUGGCUUCCUGUGAGGAACUCGAGUUGAGUGUUGAGGCUGAGGUAGGCGUUCCGAACGGCCACGGGCCUGAGAAGAAGAAGGUGUUCGGAGAAGGUUUUGUGAUUGAGGACAGUGCUCCGAACAGCCACAAAUUCAAACUCACUAUGUUCCAACCGACUGAGCCAAAAGUAUUUUUCCAAGCGGUGAGCAAAGAACACAAACUGCUGAGGACCUCCUUGCCUGGAGGGAUAUGUGUCAAAGGAUUUGAAGACAGAAUGGAUUUGUAUUCGGUUAUGAUCAAAGGCCCGGCAAAGACGCCUUACGAGGAUGGAUUAUUUUUCUUUGACUUCCAACUGUCGUCCAAUUAUCCUAAGGCUCCUCCCGUCUGCCACUACAUCAGCUAUUGCAGCGACAGGCUGAACCCGAAUUUGUACGAGGACGGCAAAGUUUGUGUCAGUCUGCUCGGCACCUGGAGUGGCAAAGGCACCGAAGUGUGGACUCUCAACUCUACCCUCUUGCAAGUCAUAGUCUCAAUCCAAGGAUUAAUUCUAGUCAGCGAGCCGUAUUUCAAUGAAGCCGGCUAUGAAAAGCAAAAAGGGUCACAGCAAGGCAGGGAGAACUCUCGGAUGUACAAUGAGAUGGUUGUACUGAAGCAGGUGCAGGCGCUUACUAAAAUGCUGAUCCAACCGCCAAGCAUUUUCAAGGAGGAAAUCAUGCAUCACUUCAAUGAACAUGCAUACAAGCUAAUUGACAGACUUGAAAGUUGGCUCAAGAUAUCGGAGCAGUACAAUAAUACUCAUCCUCUGUCUCCUACGACUCCGACAACUUUCAGAGAAGUUCACGGAGAAGUUGUCUUUUCCGUGGCCAACAUCCAGCUGCCUGAGUUUCCUUUGAUUCCUGCCUCGAAAGGGUUUUGCCUCACGCUUAGCAAGAGCCUGGCCACAUUCCAAGAAGUGCUCACCUCUGUCGGCAUUCACAGAGCAACUAGCAGUAGUUAGUGGUGUGUCCCGAGCCAGAAAUUAUAUCCGACACCUUUCUGGCUCCGUCAUGGCUCGAAAUCGAGUCUGAGAAGAAGAUAAAAAAAAGGUUUGCUUAUAUGCAAUUACAAGUAUCAUGUGUUUCAGCUUAAGAUAUUAUUUAUUUCACUCGCCGUCUUUUUAUUUUUAUUCUGCACAAAAUAAUGAUAUAUUGUUUGUCAAACGAAAAUUAGUGGUCGAUCUGAAAGAAACUCACUUAUAAGUGCGUACAUACAAAUCACCUAAGAAGAUUAUUCUCAUUGGAUCAAGUGCCAAAAUUCAUGCGAAUUGAGAGUGAAACUUUUAAUUAGUUGUCAGAGAUUAUUAAAAUGUAGUUCAUAUGAAUGUUUUUGUGCUCAAAAAAAGGUUGUAAUCUACCAAUUUUAGUUUUUAAUCCUGCCACUUAAUUGCUUUAAGUAGCCGUUACUGUGCUCAAUUUAAUGGAAGGAAGUAAAAAUAACGCAACUGAUCCAAAGAUCAAACAAGUAAGCCAAAUAAUCAACUUGCCUCUCUGAUGAGUUUUGUGUAUAGCGUGGCACUUUAUUGCUCUUGUUAAGCUUGCAACUUGUUAGUAGGCUCCUCAGGGAUAUGCACUACAAUACCAAAAAAAUGUGGUAACUUUAUCAAAACCUCCCCCAGCAAACCCACAUGCAGGGAUUGCUCCUUUUCAUUAACAAUUAUUAUAUUACUUAUGUUCAGCCUCUAUUGACGUUGGUGUUACAAAUAAAUUAAAUCUCGGAAAGUUUAAUAAUUCUUAAAUUAUAUAAAAUUAUUUGUCGGGUGAGGUCUGGUUUCAGUGGCGCUCGAACCAGAUGGACCCUGUCCAAAGUUUUGGUUGGAUGGUGGCGUGUUACAUUUAAGCUAAUCGAAGCAAUAUUUUUGAGGAUAAUUAUUACAAUUGAAAACUCAAUGAUAAACUUGAGCAGUUUGAGUUAAAAUAAUAAGAUUUUCAGUUUGGCUGUGUCUUGAUACCAAGAGUACCGCUCUCUCGGUUCACGCUUUUGUCGUUCAAGGAAAUUUGUCGAGGAAGACGUUCACAUUUUAGCGCAGUGGUCAGAGGAGCCUCUUUUCACUUCUUUUCGAAAAAAGAUAAAUUUCACGACGGGGCUCAGAAAACUCAACAAUACAUGCUUCUAUCAUUUACUAUCCAAUCAAAAAAAACUGCCCAAAAA